GCUAAUAGAGCACUAUCACUGGUUCAAUCGCCGUAGUAAUAGCCUAACCUAGAAGAGAACUGAGCCAAAGCUUUUCCCACUAUUCAGUUCAUUUCAGCCUUCAAAUUCUAUGGCGGUUCAAGCCUUCUCUGUUCCUCAGAUCUCAUUAUGCAGUAGAAAUGAUGGUAAUUUACCCUUCCAUAUUACGAGCUGUAAUUCCAUCGGCUUUUCGAGCUUCAUAAGCGGUGCAAAACUCUCCAUUCGACCAGUAACACAUUUAAGAUAUCUCCCUUCGAAGCAAAAACGGUCGACUGUUGCCACCGUCGUCUUUAGUCUCCCAACUUUGAAACCUGAGGGAGAUUCUUCAAAAUCCCCAAAAUGGUCAGCAAGAGCCAUAAAAUCUUUUGCAAUGGGUGAACUGGAAGCUAGGAAGCUUAAGUAUCCUAAAACAGGGACUGAAGCUUUGUUAAUGGGAGUUCUAGUGGAAGGGACAAGUUUAGCAGCAAAGUUUUUGAGGGAACAUGGCAUUACCCUUUUCAAAGUUAGAGACGAAACGAUGAAUUUGCUUGGGAGAUCUGACAUGUACUUCUUCAGCCCAGAGCAUCCACCACUAACUGGGCAAGCCCAGAGGGCCCUUGACUGGGCCAUUGAUGAAAAAUGCAAGUCAGAUGAAAAUGGGGAAGUUACGACGGCCCAUUUGGUCCUUGGGAUUUGGUCAGAAAAAGACUCUGCUGGCCAUAAGAUAAUGGAAACCCUUGGUUUUGACGAUGAGAAAGCUAAAGAACUUGCCAAAUCUAUGGACAAAGAUAUUAUUUUGAGCUUCAAAUAAGGACUGUUAGAGAAAUGUAGAUUUGCAUGUUUUCCCUGGAACUUUCUGGGACGUUCUUGUCUAAGGCAAGUUACAAACACCGAAUGACAUCAUAAAAAUACGAGAAUUCAUCUUUAAUAAUUCUCUUGGUAUAUUCAUUCAGACUUUACUUUUACAAGAUUUUCUUUCUAGAUCUACUCAGAAGUUGAUUUAUCUC